UAAAAGGGUUGAGUUGCUAUCGAAGUGGAGAACAAAAGGUGGUGUCUUCUUAAUUGGCUAUGCUGCAUUCCGCAAUUUGUCCCUUGGAAAGUAUGUUAAGGAUCAAAACAUGGCUAAGGAGAUUAGUCAUGCACUUAAGGUUGGGCCUGAUAUUCUUGUCUGUGAUGAGGCUCAUAUCAUAAAGAACACAAAGGCUGACACAACCCAGGCAUUGAAACAAGUGAAGUGCCAGAGGAGGAUUGCAUUAACUGGAUCACCUCUUCAGAACAAUUUGAUGGAGUACUAUUGUAUGGUUGAUUUUGUUAGAGAAGGAUUUCUUGGUAGCAGCCAUGAGUUUAGGAAUCGUUUCCAAAAUCCAAUAGAAAAUGGCCAGCACACCAGUUCUACUGUGGAAGAUGUAAAGAUAAUGAAUCAAAGAUCUCAUAUUCUGUAUGAACAGUUGAAAGGAUUUGUUCAGAGGACGGACACCAGCGUGGUUAAAAAAGAUUUACCCCCCAAAACUGUAUUUGUUAUAGCAGUGAAGUUAUCUCCUUUACAAAGGGAACUCUACAAAAGGUUUCUUGAUGUUCACGGUUUUACGAAGGACAAGGCCUCUGGUGAAAAGAUAUUUAAGAGAUCUUUUUUUGCUGGGUACCAGGCUUUAGCUCAGAUAUGGAACCAUCCUGGAAUUUUGCAACUGAUGAAAGAAAACAAAGACUGUGGCAAAUUUGAAGAUGUAGAAAAUUGUCUUCCAGAUGAUAGCUCAAGUGAUGAGAACUUGGACUACAAUUUGAUUUCUGGAGAGAAGCGGGGCAAUCCUCACAGAAAACUUGGUAACGCAUUUAUAUACAUGCAGGACUGGUGGAGAGAGUUUCUUCAGGACAAUACUUACAAGGAGGUCAAUUACAGUGGCAAAAUGGUUUUGCUACUUGAUAUCCUGACAAUGUGCUCAUACAUGGGUGAUAAGGCACUGGUCUUUAGCCAGAGCUUAUUAACUUUGGACCUGAUUGAAUUUUAUCUUUCAAAAUUGCCUCGUCCAGCAAAGAAUGGAAAAUGUUGGAAGAAAAGGAAGGAUUGGUACAG